GAGUCUUGACAGGUCUGCAAACGCCGCGGUGUCUGCGUGUGGCGUGUACGUCAGUGUGAUAUCGGCGAGAUACGGACUUAGGCUCUUAUUAAUUAUUCUGUCUUGACGACCUGAUCUUGCUUGUACAUCUUGACCUCACUCAUCAAAGUCGUCAUACACAUCAAAACACUCUCCUCCCACUUCCCAAUCGCAUCCCACUUUCCCAUCCCAAACACAACUAGCACAUCAUGAAGAUUCUCACAAAGGAAGAAGAGCAGGAGCACUACAACGCUACCGUCUAUGGAGGUACUAUCGGUGGUCUGCUCGGUACAGCAGCUGGUGCUGUCGGUGUCCUGGGCGCCAGCAGGAAAUACCCAGCCUUCCGCGGCCUCUCCCUGCCAUUCCGCGCCUUCCUGAUCACCAGUGCUGGUACUUUCGCCGCCAUUAUCAAUGCCGACCGUUACUCGCGUGGUUUCGAGGCUAGCCGCCAUCCCGAGAAGGAAUACACCGACCAGCAGCAAACGCUACAAGAACAGCUCGAGUCGCAGAAGCCUUUCUCCCAGCGUGCGCAAGACUGGGCCUCGACAAACCGCUACAGCAUUGUCUUUGGUUCAUGGCUCGCCUCAAUGACCACUGCUUUCGGCAUUGUCGGUCGCAACCCCUACCUGAGUGGUCAGCAGAAGCUUGUUCAGGCUCGUGUCUACGCUCAGGGUUUGACUCUGGCUGUCGUCAUUGCCAGUUUGGCACUUGAGGCCAAGGACAAGAACCAGGGCCAGGGCCGCUGGGAGACCGUCAAGGUCCUCGAUCCCAACGACCCCACCCACAAGCACGUCAUUGAGAAGAAGAUUCACCACGAGCGUUACUCUGGUGAGGACCAGUGGAUGGACAUGGUCGCCGCUGAGGAAGAGCGUAUCAAGGAGCGCGAAGCUGCCGUCAAGCAAAAGGAGUCCGCCGACGAGAAGAAGGGCAAGCAUGUCAAGAAGCACGAGGACCCCGAGCACGGCGAGAACAAGUCCAACGUUAGAGCUCCCUAAGCUCUCCAUUUUUCGGAUACAAUGUCUGGACGUACACCAAAAUACAAAAGACCGCCAUACGACAAUUGAUCAAGCUUCGUUGAAGCUGGUUGACGUAGACUUGGGUGGUAAAACUGGAUGGAGCCGCAGGGCGGCUGUGUCAUUAUAAUUUUCCAAUUAACGACCUUUGCAUGUUUGUGAGCGUUGGAUUGGGUCAGUAGAUUCUGUAAGAUACUAUUAUUUUAUGCGAGCACGAUUUCUAAAAGUCAAUCUUAAAUACCG